GCUGCGUAAGCCAACGCCAGGAUUAUUUGUGCACCGUUUUGUGAUAUUUAGAGGGGUCGAGAAUGCGUACGAGAAGGCACCACAGCGAACUGUAAACACAUACAGGUAUUUGUGUGUUACUCAGCCUUUCUGGUGGUCAGAAUGACUCGUAGCUAAAUGUAUUCGAGGAUUUAUUCCACAGCGCCGUGUUGUUCUGAAGCUGUUGAAAUGCUUUGUGCUGGAUAUGGGAUAUUAUCAGACAUGUUGGUGGAUAAAAUGGCAACUCUUAUACUGUAUAUUGUACUCCUGGAAUCUGGUUUCCGGAGAAAUUCGUUACUCGGUUCCUGAAGAGCUACAACUGGGCGCCUUUGUUGGAAAUAUCGCGGACGAUUUGGGGUUAGACGCGAAAGAGCUGUCGGUUCGCAGUUUUCGCAUCGUGUCCGGUGCCAGGAAACAGUAUCUGGACGUAAAUGUGGACAAUGGGAUUAUGUUUGUGAAGGAAAAAAUUGACAGAGAAGAGCUUUGCGGAUCGAGAAUCUCGUGCACGUUGUCUUUAGAGGCCGUGAUUCAAAACCCAGCGAACGUGUAUCACAUUGAUGUGGAGGUUUUGGAUGUGAAUGACAAUGCUCCCAGUUUCCCAAAGAGCCAAUUCCGCCUGGAAAUCUCGGAGAUGGCGGUGCCUGGAGCUCGCUUCCCUCUGGAGAGCGCGCACGACCCCGAUGCAGGAACGAACGCCCUGCAAACCUACGAACUGGCCGCAAGCGAAUAUUUCAGCUUGAAUGUGGAAACGCGCAGUGGGGAUGGGAAGUUACCAGUGUUGGUGUUGGAAAGGCCGCUGGACAGAGAAAAGCAACCGACUCAUAGGUUAGUGUUGACUGCCAAAGACGGAGGGAUACCUCAGAGAUCCAGCACAGCGCAGAUAAUGAUCAUUGUACAAGACGCAAACGACAAUGUGCCAGUGUUCCCCCAGUCCGAGUACAAGGUCAGCCUCUUGGAAAAUAUACCUCAAGGAACGCUAGUGAUGAAACUAAACGCUUCAGACGCGGAUGAAGGAUAUAAUGGGGAGAUAGUGUACUCGUUUGCUGGUCACACGUCUGCAAGAAUGCGUCAGUUGUUCGCUGUGAAUUCGAAAACCGGUGAAAUAAGAGUUAAAGGCAAGUUGGAUCGCGAAGAAAACAUUGCAUUUGAGAUCAACGUCCAAGCAACCGAUAAGGGUCCCAACGCUAUCCCCACCUACUGUCAUGUGUUAGUAGAUGUUAUCGAUGUAAAUGAUAACGCACCCGAGAUAACCCUAACCUCUCUGUUCAGCCCAGUCAGUGAAGCCUCUCGCCCCGGCACAUUAGUAGCUCUGAUAGGCGCAACCGACAGAGACUCGGGAGCAAACGGAAAGGUGGAUUGUCAAAUCCUAAACCACAUUCCUUUCAAACUAGAUUCAUCCUCCAAGAACUAUUACAGAUUGGUCACAAGCCAACUAUUGGAUCGCGAGAACACCUCGACGUACGACAUGACUAUCGCUUGCAGCGACAGAGGCUCCAGUCCUCUCACAGCCAAGAAACACAUCCGGCUAGAGGUCUCUGAUAUCAAUGACAACGCGCCACGGUUUGCCCAGCCUUUAUACACAGCUCAUGUGAUGGAGAACAACGUGAUUGGGACCUCUAUUUACUCCGUCACAGCUUUGGACCCAGACGCAAACGAAAACUCUCGACUGACCUACUCUCUUCUGGAGAGUCAAGUUCAGAACACGUCAGUGUUCAACUAUGUCUCCGUUAACGCACAGAAUGGUGACGUUUUAUCUCAGAGAUCCUUUGAUUACGAACAACUCAAAAGUUUUCAAAUCCAAGUUCAGGCACAGGACAAGGGAGAGCCGGCGCUGUCAGGCAACGUGUCUGUGAACAUCAUUAUCCUGGACCAGAACGACAACUCUCCAGUGAUCGUGUCUCCAUCGCCCGAGUUUGGCUCAACAGUGACAGAGACUGUCUCGAGGUUGGCAGAGCCAGGCUACCUGGUGUCCAAGGUCUCAGCCAUUGACGCUGACACUGGGCAGAAUGGGCGUCUGUCUUACCAGAUUGUCCAGGCGACUGACCCUGGGCUUUUCACUAUUUCGCCCGACACAGGAGAAAUCUGGACUAUCCGCAGUGUUGUGGAUAAAGAUGCCAAUAAGCAAAGGCUGGUGGUUGUGGCGAAGGACAAUGGAUCCCCUUCACUAUCAGCCACAGUGACCAUCAUGUUAUCAGUGGUGGGCAGCGACGCGGAAAUGCUCUCUGAAGUCAAUGUUUUGAUGGAAGAUCCCUGGGUCACUUCUGGUGUCAGUAUUUACCUGGUGAUAGCCUUGGGAACAACCUCCAGCAUUUUCCUCGUGGUUUUAAUCGUCCUCGCUGUUAAGUCCACAAGAACAGGAACGGUCUCGGAAACAACAGCUGUUUGCUGGAUACGUGCUGUUGUUUGGAAUCAGGGAAUUCGCUGAAUGGGAUUCAAAGGGCCAGUAGGAACAUUCAGAUUCCUCCCAACUAUGUUGAAGUGUU